UCAUGUAACAAGCAAAGCAAGACAGAUACUACAAAUACUAAUAUUACUGUUACAUGAAAUCAUGGCGACACGUAACUGGGAAGAAGUGAGAGAUUUACUACGCCAAUGGAGAGAAGAAAAUGUCCGAAGGUCUGAGGAGAUUGUGGAUUUUUGGUUGACGCUGCUUAGCAAACAUGUUAAUAAAUUAGGAGAUGAAAAAUGGCUGGUUUAUGAACAAGUUUGUAUAGCAGCUCUUGACUGUCACAAUUUCAUUCUUGUUCAGGAAUGUUUGAGAACCCUUGAUCGACAGUUUCCGGGAAGUAUGAGAGUGAGGAAACUAAGAGCCAUGAAGUAUGAAGCUCUUGAAAGAUAUGAAGAAGCCAUGAAAUUAUAUGACUCUAUUUUACAAACGGAUGAAGCCAACUCUGUGAUAUACAAGCGGAAAAUUGCCCUUUUAAAGGCUCAAAACCGGAUACCUGAUGCAAUCAAAGAGUUGACAGAAUAUUUGAAAAAAUUUAUGAGUGACCAGGAGGCAUGGAUGGAACUUUGUAGUCUGUACAUUCAGGAACAAGACUACAAUAAAGCUGCUUUUUGUAUGGAAGAACUCAUACUUUCAAAUCCACACAAUCAUCUUUAUCACCAGCGAUAUGCGGAGAUCCAGUAUACAAUAGGUGGUCCAGAAGGCAUGAAAUUAGCACGAAGCUAUUUUGCACAGGCUGUAAAACUAAACCCACACAAUAUGAGAGCUUUAUUUGGUUUAUUUCUGUCUGCUAGUAACAGUGCAGUUUCAGCCAAAACAACAGCUCAAAAGAAAAAGGAAAGCCUAAAGUAUGCAACAUGGGCAGCACUACAGAUUAAUGGCAAGUACCAGGAACAGCUGUGUGAUGACUCUCAGUUGAAGACUGUUGAAAAUAUGCUUACUUCGCUGCAGAUUGCAUAGAUAAAUCUUUCUCUCUCUCUAAAGUUUACCCUCCAUGUUUAUUACCUAGAAUUCUGUUUGUAUCAUUAACCCUAGAUAAGCUAGAUAAUUUCAUUCACAUUUCACUCAGUUUAAAUAUAUAUAUUUGUGUGUGUGUAGGAUCAAAGAUUUUUGUUUUUUUUUACUUGAGAAAAUAUUUUGUGUACCAGAGAGAAUACGCAAGUAACUGAUAGUUUUACUUCAUUGUAAAAUAUUUAGAUGCAGACCAAUGUUUAAUGCCAUAAAUAAACAAAAUAAGAAAAAUAA